AUGAGCAGCAAAGGAAAAUCCCGUUGGGCAGAUGAUGAAGAUGAUGCUGCGCUUGAAGCACAGCGUAAGAAGGAGAAGGAGGAGAAGAAGCGGUUGAAAGCUGAGAAACAGCGGAAAGCCGAUGAGGCAGCUCUACGUCUCAAACAGCAGCAAGAAUCGCAAUCGCAACAGCAAGCCCAAGAAUCAGAACCACCCUCUAAACGCCGCAAACUCUCGCCCUCGCCCCCGGCCCCGCCCGUGCUUCAAGCCGAGCUUCCUCCAGCAAAACUCCUACGAUUCCCAGCCCCGAACUGGAAGAAGUGCCGCAGCGUCGAGGACUAUGAGAAACUGAAUGAUAUUGAAGAGGGUGCUUAUGGAUGGGUAUCCCGUGCGAAGGAUAGUAAGACGGGGCAGGUUGUGGCACUGAAGAGGCUGAAGAUGGAUAAUGCGAAUGAUGGGGUGCCUGUUACGGGGCUGAGGGAGAUACAGACGUUGAUGGAUUGUGAACAUAUCAAUAUCGUGGCCUUGAGGGAGGUGGUUGUUGGAGAGGAUACGAGAAAGAUUGAGAACAUCUUCCUUGUCCUAGACUUCCUCGAGCACGACCUAAAAACUCUACUCGAAGACAUGCCCGAACCCUUCCUCCCCUCCGAAACUAAAACCCUCCUCUCCCAGCUUGUCUCCGGCAUCUCCUACCUACACAGUAACUGGAUCCUACAUCGGGAUCUCAAGACUUCCAAUCUCCUCCUUAACAACCGCGGUGUAUUAAAAAUCGCAGACUUCGGCAUGGCUCGCUACUUCGGCGACCCCUCCCCCAAAAUGACCCAACUAGUAGUAACCCUCUGGUACCGCGCGCCCGAACUCCUGCUCGGCGCCACGCACUACGGGCGCGCCGUAGACAUGUGGUCCAUCGGCUGCAUAUUCGGCGAGCUUUUACACAAAGAUGCGCUGCUGCCCGGAAAAAACGAAGUCGACCAGCUCUCGCGCAUCUUCGAACUCUGCGGGAUCCCAACCGAGAGCAACUGGCCGUCCUUCCGACGCCUCCCCAACGCGCGCUCGCUGAAACUGCCCAAGAACCCCGUAGCGCAGGGCUCGGUGCUGCGGGCCAAGUUCCCGUUCCUAACCGCUGAAGGGGGGAGACUGUUGACGGGCUUGUUGGGCUUGGAUCCGGGGAGUCGGCCGAGUGCGGAUGAGGUGCUGAGGAGUGCGUAUUUUCGCGAGGAGCCGAGGGCGAAGAGCCGCGAGAUGUUCCCUACGUUUCCGAGUAAGGCGGGUCAGGAGAGGAGGCGGAGGAGGGGUACGCCGAAUGCACCGGAGCGGGGGAAGGGAGGGGGACAG